AGGGAGGGAGAGCGGAAGACGCCGAGCCACACUCGGACGCCGGCACCCUCUGUCCCGGCCGCUCCUGACGGGACUGGACUGGCGACACAGGCUUACCUGUAUCUGGAGUUUACCUGCGCAGCAGCCGUCUAGCGGCGACGAUGACCGAGGGCUGUCGCGUCUGCUCCGCGCGACUGAAGGGCAACCAGCGGCGAUGGAUCUUCAACGCGCGGUCGUCUGUCGACCUGCGGGCCGUCCUGUCCCACGUCCUGCGCCGCCCGCUGUCCCGGGACCAAGGUGACGGCGAGUUCGUGUGCGGCAAAUGCGCGGCGGCUCUGGAGAGAGUCCAGCGCUUCGACGGGGUGGUCGCUCGGGUCCAGAGCCUGUCGCUGGAGCGCAUCCGGCGUCUCCUGGCCGAGCGCGACCGCUUGUCCGACCUCUUGCGCCGCUUGCACGGGCAGGCGGGGGCGGGGGACACGGGAGAGCGGGAGGAGGCGAGGCGCGACUAUGCCGCUCUGCUGAGCGAGGACCUGCGUCUGGCCGCUUUUGAGAGCUGGUCAGACUUUGGCCAGCCCGCCCGGUGUCCAUGCCAGAACCGCCGAUGCUACGGCUGCUGCGCCCUGCGCGUCCCCGACUCGCAGUACGACGCCGUGUGUCGCGUCCCGCGGCGUCUGGCCACCAGCCGCCUCUCCCGCAGUCAGUCGGCGGGCGGCUCACUCGACGCCAGCCCCUCGCCCCGUGGCUCCGACUCGCCCUGGGCCACCCGCUGCCUCUCGCUCGCCUCUCUGCCGGAUAGCUCCGAGUGGGACGGGGAGACGGAAGGGAGCGAGGAUCUGUCGCCCUGGACCAGUGCUGGAGCGGACCAGGCGCUCGCCGCCCUCGCCCGUCAGCUGCAAGCCGUGGUCUAUCGGCCCGUCCGCCGACCGCCGCGCUGCAAGCUCCCGGUGUUGAUUAGGGUCGGUGCCGGGGCGUCCACACCGAGGCAAAGGCUCAGCUUCGCGGGGGAAGAGGAGGGCGAGCACGGGUUCGCGGACGAGUAUCGCCCCUUCAACCUCCAGAAGCUACUGCCGCUGGGAGCCCCGCGCCAGCCGGGCGGGGAGCGAGGAGAGGCGGGGAGGCUCGAUGGACUGACCGGGGGAACUACAGCUCUGGAACAGGAUUCCGGAGAGCAGCCGGAGGAAGGGGACGGACUCAGGAAUUACACCGGAUACCGCCUGGUUCAAAGCCUGGCUCGUCAGCUGCACAGCAAGGAGCAGCUGCUACAGGAGUGCGUGAGGCUGAUCCAGCAGCUAACAGCUGGUGACAGAUGCACAUCUGGCACAGAGACGGGAAGCAUCAGGAGUCUCUGCAUCUGGCUCAAUAAAUGGGAGCAAGGCCGGGAGACUGAUGGCGGGAUGGGAGGGGUCGUGGCGGAGCUGGAGGGGGAGAUCGAGCGGCUGCGGAAGGCCGUGGACGACAAGGACCGGGACGUGGAGCGUCUGGGACGUGUGGUGUCCCUCAACGAGGAAACUAUCAAUAUGCUGAACGCCAGCCUGGGGCAGCAGCAGAGCCAGGUUGAGCGGCUACGGAGCAGAGACCAGCGGGGGCAGCCCGGCCCAGAAGAUCGGGGCGCCGACGGAAUCAUCCACCAACAGCGGGCUGCUCUCCACAGCCUGGCCCGCGACGUGGAGGUUCUGUCUGAGUCGCUGCUGCUCCGCGAGGUGCCGAAGGGUCCCGACUCUCCCCACAGUUUGUGCCUGCAGCUGCGGGACAAGGAGCGGCUCCUAACCGAGUCACGGGCCGAGCUGAGCCGCCAGCGAGAUGACCACCACCGGGAGGUGGGGGAGCUCCGGCGCUUGCUGGCCGAGAGGGAACGGCAAAUACAGGAGUGUGAGUUGCGGGAAGUGCAGGCCGGCUCUGUCCACCAGCAGGAGACGCAGAGACAGAUCCGGCAGCUGAAGGAGCGAGCAGCCGAGGUGCAGCGGCUCACCAACCUCCGUACCUGCGACACUCACCUCCACCUGGCCGAGCAGCUACACCUGAACGCACUGGUGCAGGGCAAGGACCGCCUCAUCCUGGGCCUAUUAGAGGAUGGCAAGGGUCGCGACUGGAUCUUGUCCAAGCUGCAGGAACAAAUACACACCUGGGCGGAACCAAAGGUCAACCUCAGCUGACCCUGUGAGGUCAAAGGUCGCAGGCGAGACCAGCGGCUGUUGGCGCCGACUCGAUGGGCUGAAGGGCCUGUUUCCACACUGUAUCUUUAGACUAUAGAGUUUCUACAAACUUUAUAGAUGCAACCCCCCUCACUCUCCACCUUCAUUUCCUACCCCUCUUUCCCUCUCCCCCUCAACCCCCCCGCCCUCUUUUCCCGGUCUUUCCCCCCCUUCCCCCUCUUUUCCCCAUCUUCUCCCCCUCUUCCCCUUCUCCUCUCCCCGGUCUUUCCCCCCUCUUUCUCUCCUUCUUCCCCACCCCUCCCCCCCCCUUCUUCCCUCCCCACCUUUGCACCCCUCUUUCCCCCCCUCUUUCUCCCCUCUCGUUCCUUCCCCCUCUUUCAUUCCCCACUCACCCUCCUCUUUUCCCCCCCCUGCUCCCUCUUUCCCCCCUCCCCCUCUCCUCUCCUCCUUUACCCCCCCACCCAUCUUCGCCCGACUCCCCUGGUUGAUCUAAUCCAGGGAGCGACUGCCAGAUUCCGUGAAUCCUGAUUUCUCCAGAAGAACACCUGGAAUAUCCCAUCUGUGCCGGGGAGAGCAACAGUGAGCCGCUGAUAUUCCAGAUGUGUGUGGAAUUGUGAUCACUGCCUGGGUCGUGUCCAUGAUUCACUCUGGUGUUAACAUGAAAUAAAGGAGGUGAUUUGACGACGUGACUUCACCCUCUGCUGCUACUGAGGUGCAGGGAAAGGCUACAUAGAAUCACACAGUGAUACAGCGUGGAAACAGGCCCUUCGGCCCAACUCGCCCACACCGGCCAACAAUGUCCCAGCUACACCAGUCCCCACCUGCCUGCGUUUGGUCCAUAUCCCUCCAAACCUGUCCUAUCCAUGUACCUGCCCAGCCACCCCAUUCUCUCAGCAUAUGACAGUCCCGUCAUCCCGGGAAUUAACCUGGUGAACCUACGCUGCACCCCC